UUUUACAGAUGCUGAACAAAAUUAACGAGGAACAAUAAAAAUAAGAAGAAAAUGUAUCCUGAAACCAUCCACAUUUACGAAAUAAGAUGAAUGUACCGUCGAAGAUGAGACUGGUACUAAAGUCAAGACACAAUGCAUGAACCCAGCCAUAGAUUUUUAUCAAAGAAUAUUCUGGAAUUGAAUGAGAAGAUUGAGGAAGUCAAUUAUACAUUGGAAGAUAUCUUUGAUGUUUUCGCUAAUGAUACUGGAAAUGUGACUGGUGGAAUCGAUAAAGAUAAGGCGGUAAACAACUGGUGGGCUCUGAUAGCUAUUAUGUUAGUAGUCUGUACUGCGGCUGGGAAUGUUCUAGUAUGUCUGGCUAUAUAUUUAGAGAGGAGAUUGCAGAAUGUGACCAAUUAUUUCCUCAUGUCGCUGGCUAUUACUGAUUUAUUGGUUGCGAUUUUGGUGAUGCCGCUUGGAAUUCUUACGUUGCUUCGAGGUUACUUUCCGCUGCCAGCUAUCUACUGCUUGUGUUGGCUCUGUCUCGACGUGCUCCUCUGUACAGCGUCUAUCAUGCAUCUAUGCACCAUUAGCGUCGACAGGAAGUCAGGACUCAAGAAACUGAAUGCAGAUUCAGUUCUGAUCGACGGUUCCUGUCAAGUGCCAGAUAAUUUGUACAAGGCCAUCGGGUCCAUCAUCUCUUUCUACAUUCCACUGGGUGUGAUGCUGCUGACGUAUGCCUUGACAAUACAGCUCUUGGCGAGGCAAAGGAAGGGGCUGGGAGCUGGUUGGGCACCUGGAUGGCUUGGUGCUCCUCCUAUUGAUCCGGACUUCGUGGUGGCCAUGGCACUGGCCCGCCACGACCGAUCCAGCGCUGGGGAAACACCGAGUCGAGGUGCUCUCGCACGGCGCGCUGAUAAUGCGCAGGGCAACCAUCGUGCUGGUCGACGCUGUACGUGGCGUAGGUUCCUAGGUCCUCGAGGUGGAACUCCACAGCAUUCUGCAGCUUCCACCGAGACUGAACUGCCCCCAAUAGACACAAGAGACCUUUGGAUCCAAGAUUCAAGCGAGCCUGCCCCGUCAGCAAUGACAGCACUGCAUCAGUUUGGGGCAGAGAUGUUGCGUCUAUCUCGCGGCUUGGAAGCUUCUGCGGCGACAAAGCCACAAUACAGAGGGACGAACAUAUCUGAACGAGGUGGGAUGCUCACUCCAGGGUCUUUGAGCGUCUCAUCCAGUUCACCGUCGUCGAUGCUCCAAGACCGACGUAGACCUUCGUCUACAGGAGAGCCAAACACUCCGCUUCAUAGGCCAAGAAGUGCGUCUGACGAUGAAAGUAAUGAAGGUCUGUUAGCUCCUGCAGCUUUGACAGCUAAAUCGCGUAGUUCCGAAGACGGUUUACUUUUGCCACCUCCAUGCACUUGUCCAUAUUUCGGGUCAGAAUCUACUCCACCCAGACGAACUACGGAAGUUAUUAUAGUUCCCGGUGGGGAUAUUAAUGGAUGUAACGGGUAUCCUAGAAAUGGGAACAUGAAAGAAGAACAGUCCACGCCAUUUUUUAGAAGGUCUAGUCGUGGUGCUGCUUCUAUGGUGACUUGGGACGAAGCGAAGCGAUUUCGCAGAGGCUCCAGUUUUGGAGGAGCCAGGACUACACUUUCGACUCCAAUCCGAAGUAUACGCGCCCAAAGAACUAUAGCCAGGUCACAGCAAGUGACUGCUAGUCCACAACGCCAAACGCCUAGAACGCAUCAUUCUAGAAAUUCAAGUGUUAUUUCCAGAAAUUCCUCCCGUCACGGCAGGAUCUUACGGUUAGAGCAGAAAGCAACUAAAGUUUUAGGGGUUGUAUUUUUCACGUUUGUAAUUUUGUGGGCUCCAUUUUUCAUUCUGAAUAUGGUGCCGGCUGUGUGUUCUCACUGCGAGGAGAGGAUCUCGCCAUGGGUGUAUGACUUCGCCUUGUGGUUAGGCUACGCCAGUUCGAUGGUGAAUCCAAUAUUCUAUACAAUAUUUAACAAAAUAUUCAGGCAGGCUUUUAAGAAGGUCCUUAUGUGUGGGUAUUGGAAAUCGACGAGGUAGCCGGCACCCUGGGAGCGCGUUCGUCCGACUUCUGAUCCUGGUAUCGGAGCGCUCUCAGUCAAUAGGAACAUCCGAUCUCAAUUUGUAUAAACUCAUUGAAGAGCUUUAAGUAUUACGCUUUUAGUUUUAGAAUGCAUCAGUGGUCGUUAGUUAUAAAUCGUUAGAAUUUAAUCCAAUGUCCAGUUUGAAGAGAGUUUAAAUAAU